AUGCUGCCUUACCUGUUCCCUGAGCUGUCCACCUUUGCUACAGUCGCCGAUCUCAUCACCCACCUUCGCACUAGUGACGCUCGCCUGCGUGCCGCCCUUCCCACCGAGUUCUGCGCUAAGAACCCCCCUCCACUGUACUGGACGCUCCAUUUCAUAGUCACCCGUCUCCCUGACACCCUCAGCUCAGUCCGAGACUACUUCCUUGCCCGCUGUCCCACUGAGCUCACAGUCGCCCUCCUAGAGGAGAAGCUGCUAGCAGCCGAGAAGAGCAUUGUAGCUGUAGGUGCUGCUCGUGGCGCUCCUCGCACCCCCAUCUUUGAGGGGUGUUCUCCCUCUCCCCUCGCUCCCUCCUACGCUACUGCUGCUGCUGUUGACCUCCUUGGUGCUGAGUCUGCUGGCGCUGCUUCUGCUCCUGGUGGGAGGCGCCGCACCGGCAAGGGCAAGGGGGGCAAGGGUGGCGGGGGUGGCGCUGGGGGGGGAGGGGGUGGGGGAGGUGGGGGGGGAGGCGGUGCUGGAGGGAGCGGUGGCGGGAGUGCUGGUGGGAGUGGAGGCAGCGGUGGGGGCGGGGGCGGCGGCGGGAGUGGCGGCAGCGGUGGCGGCGGUGGCAGUAGUGGCGGUGGCGGCGGCGGCGGUGGCGGUCGGAGCGGCGGUAGUGGCGGCGGUGGUGGUCGGAGUGUAGGCCCCAGCUCGGGCCAGACCUCUCAGCAGCAGCAGCGUCCUCAGACGACCCAGCAGCUCCGUGAGUGGCUUGCUCAGCGUGGGACGUCGGGUGGCUGUGGUCGCUGUUCCUAUGUCAUUCGCACAGGUGAACGCAAGGGGCAGAAGUGUGGGAGGUUCCACACCCAGUACCGCUGCUUCUCCCGCCUUGACGACGCUUGGCGUGAGGAGAUGGGCGAGGAGGUUGAGCGCCCCCGCUGGGCUGAUCUGAUGAGGGCUGGUGUUGAUAUCUUUGCUCUUGAUUAUGAUGCUAUUAUUGCUGCCAUGUAUGCAUUGACUGUUAGUGCUGAGGGGGACUGUUACUUGUGUGUGCCGCCUGACCCAGGUAUAGAGCCCGCUGCCCUAGGUACCAGCGAGUCUGCUCUCUCAGGUACUGUGCCUUCCGAGGCUACUCCCUUCGGUACACCCCCUCCUGCUAGCGAGUCUGCGCUCUCCGGUACUGCGCCCGCUGAGGCCUUGCACACCUUCACGCUUGACUCAGGUGCUUCCCGCUGCUUCUUUCGUGACAGUACUGAGCUCACUCCCCUCCCUGCACCAGUUCCAGUCUCCCUGGCUGACCCCUCCGGGGGUCCAGUUCUUGCACGGUCUACCACUGUGCUUCCCUGUCCGGCGGUUCCGUCUGGCUCGUUGUCGGGUUUCCACCUCCCCUCGUUCUCUACGAACUUGGUGAGCAACGCUGUUAUCCAGGAUCACUGGGUUGACACCUUCACCCCUGGAGGACAGCGUGUGGCGAUCCUCACGUGCUCCAGGACUGGCCGUCACCUGGCUACGUUCACUCGUCAGCCGGGGUCGAGUCUCUACACACUGACCACUGCGUCUCCUCAGGUCGCUGCUGUUGGUCAGGUGUCUGCGUCAGGUCUAGUAGCCCACCCCUCCCGCGUCCGUGGACAGGGCGGUGAGCGGUACUUUCUGCUGGUUGUCGACGACUACUCGCGUUACACCACGGUCUUCCCCUUGCGCACCAAGGGUGAGGUCCCUGCUGUUCUGAUCCCUUGGAUCCGCACAGUUCGUCUCCAGCUCCGCCGCCAGUUCAGGACAGAGCAUCCUGUCAUGCGUCUGCACUCUGACAGAGGUGGUGAGUUCUCCUCUGACCUCUUGAGGGCCUUCUGUCAGGCGGAGGGCAUCGAGCAGUCCUUCACGCUUCCGGGCUCCCCGCAGCAGAAUGGGGUUGCAGAGCGCCGCAUUGGCCUGGUCAUGGAGGUCGCUCGUACCUCCUUGGUUCAUGCGGCGGCUCCCCAUUUUCUGUGGCCGUUUGCUGUCCGGUACGCUGCGCAUCAGCUCAACCUCUGGCCCCGUGUCUCCUUGCCGGAGACCUCGCCCACACUACGUUGGACGGGGGAGGUCGGAGAUGCGUCGCGCUUCCGGGUGUGGGGUUCUCGUGCCCUUGUCCGCGAUACUUCCGCGGACAAGCUCUCCUCCCGCACACUUCCCUGUGUCUUCCUUGGCUUUGUCCCUGACGCGCCAGGCUGGCAGUUUUACCACCCCACCUCGCGCCGGGUCUUCGCCUCUCAGGACGUCACCUUUGACGAGUCGGUCCCCCUCCGGUAG